AUGCCUGUGUUAAAGAAUACUACGAAUCUGCCAAAGUUUAUCAAGAAAUUGGGGCCGGACCUCAUGGUGGCUUUUCGAAUUGUGACUGCGCUAAUUUUUAUUCUAUUUGCCUCAUACAAUGUUUCAGAAGUCCCUAGCCGUGUUUUAAAGGAUUUCGUUGCAUAUGUGGCCAAUCGCUUUCCUCUUACUUCUGCUAAGUUUCAAUACCGUUUCUGGCCGCGUGCAAUUAAACAGAUAAUUGCAAAAUUGGCUCCUGGCCGUGAUAAGCGUCGUUGGAAUGCACUUCAAGAGCAAAUUGCAAAAUGGGCUCCCAGUGAAGGGAGUUCAUUUGAAGAGCCAAGGCCAAAAUGUAUUGAGUGCGCACAAGGUUGCUACAGAAGUUUGAAGUGGAAUGAGAUGACAAAAUUCCACGGCUGUGUUAAAUUUUGCAUGUCAGACCAUAAUAGGAAGUCUACUGGAGAUUGAGGACACCGGA